GACCCCAAUGAAGAUACAGAAUGGAAUGACAUUCUCCGGAAAAAGGGAAUCUUGCCACCAAAGGAACCAGAGGUGACUGAGGAAGCUCUGGCUGAAAUGCUGGAGCAGACUAUACAAGAAAAGCAGAGUACAGAGGCAAGAUUAGGAAAAUUGUCACUUGAUGAGUUGGAUGAACUGGAAGAUGAUGAAGAUGAGGCCAUCCUUCUUGAAUAUCGUCGGAAAAGAAUUGCAGAAAUGAAGGCUGAAGCAGCAAUCUCCAAGUUUGGGGAGGUAAGUGGAUUUCUUCAAUAUAUUCUACGUACAUUUAUCUAUACUAUAUACUGUGCUGUACUGUAAUAUACUGUACUGUUG